UGUCUCACUGUUAGACAUUUGGCGUCCGUCCAAUGGGCAGGCAAAAGGGAGAGCCAGGUGCAUCAGCACCACUCAGUACUCUCUCUCUCUCUCUCUCUCUCUCUCUCACUCUCACUCUCACUCUCACUCUCACUCUCACUCUCUCGUUCUGUUUUGCUCUCCCUCCCUCUCUUAACUUGCUAAAUUCAGCCGAUCACUCACUAAGAGUGGAGGUAGAAGAAAGGAGGGGAUCAAUUUGACAGGAAGAAGUGGACAGAUUGGCUAAGCGAUCGAUAAGGCAGCAGUCAUGUUUGGUUAUGGCCGCAGUAAUUUCACCUGGAACGGGACGCUGAAAGAGCUGGAGGCCGGCAGCCAAGCAUCCUGUAGAGCACGGGGUCGUCCCAACAUGAACGCGGCGGCGGCUAACAGCUCCAGCGGUCUGGAGGUCCUGCUCUCCACUCUGCAGAAUGCGGGAGACAUUGAAAGCACCUUAAACAUCCUUAAUGUGUUGGAUGAACUGCUGUCUGCUGGUUCAGAUCGGCGUAUCCACUACAUGAUCACCAAAGGGGGGAGCCAGGCCCUACUGACUGCCCUGGUGAAGACGGCCAGGUGUUUCAACCCAAACUACACUGUGCUGCUGCCUCUGCUGCACCUGCUGGCCAAGCUGGGCUGCAGAGAUCCUCGCAUCGGUAUGAAGGCAGAGGAUGCAGAUGCAGUGCUGCUGACCCUCAACCUGCUGAAUCAGAACCCCACACACGCCAAGAUAUCUGCUGCCUGUCUUAUGGUCAUCCGAGUCUACUGUUCCUCAGUGUCCGCGGCCAACCUGCUCGGGGAGCACCGCGGGCUGGACGCCGUCUACCGCCUCAUCCCUCCACACACCAGCAGGCACUACACCCCCAUAAAGGCAGCGAUUGAUGCCUUGGCUGCUCUGCUGUGCACCAAGGCGAACGUGCGUGCGGCGGUGUCGAAGGGCUACGUGUCUGGCCUGCUGACUCUCUACCAGGACUGGCACAGCGGGGACGUGGGACACGCGGCCAUCGGGAUCCGCCUCGCUCUGCUGCGAUGCCUCCAUCAGGUCGCCCACAGCGCCGCCGGCAGGGAGGCCGUGCUGGCCCAUGGGGGGAUCCGCCUCCUGUUCCAAACCACACAGGCCUGUCUGUCCUCUCCAGGCACGGAGGCCCUGGUGGAGCCCUCGGUUCAGCUGAUGAGGAGCUGCCAACCUAAAACACCCCUUCCUUUGAGAUCCGAUCACUCCGCCUACUCCUUCCCCCUGCCCGGGGGAGAGUACCCCGCUGCCGCAUUGGGCAGCACAGCUGUGAGCAGCGAAGAGGAGAGCGAGGAUGAAGAUAAUGAAGAUGGGAGCCAAGAGAGUGAGAACAAGGACUUUGACGAUGACCUGGAGACGGACCUGAACACCCUUAGAAGUCGCCCCGAGCCUGACCGCCCCAGAGAACAGCUGGCGCAGUACAGCCUGUUCUGUCCGGAGCUCACACACGACUUCCAGGAACUGGAAUCUGGCUCUGAGCCCGAGGAGAGCUCCUCUUCGUCAUCAACAGCUUCAUCUUCAUCAUCAUCGUCUGAUGAGGAGGCUUUCCUUCUGAGCUGUUCUCCUCCUCCUCGUCCUCCUCCAACAUGUCUCAGGAGAGACGGGAGGAGAAUGGACAGGGAAGGUGCUGGUUCACCCAGCAGCAGCUCAUCGGGAAGCUCCCCAGGCAGCCCGGACACAGCAGGAGAAGGCCCACAAGUUGCCCAGUUGGAGCCUCGUGAUUUCCAAAGUCGGGGGUCCAUCUGCAGCAGCCUUUCACGUGGGACAAAGAGCAAAGACAGGACGAAAGAGAGGACUCCGCACGAGUGGGGGUCCGACGGCGACGGGACAGGGCCAGGGAAGGUGGAAGAGGGGGAGAGGGAGAGGGAGGAGGAGAGGAGAGAAGAGGCUCAUCAGAGCAGCCUGGUGGAGCGGCUGCUGGCCAGCCACGGCGCGCACGUUCCCCACCACGACCCACAGCUGUACCGGGCGGCAGCCGCCCUCACCAGGUCCAUCCCCGGCUUCAGCAUCCUGGCCUUCCCGGACUUCUGGGGACACCUGCCCCCCCCCGGCCUGGAGCGGAUGGCGCCACGCGGGCCCGCAGUGCAGAGACAGAAGGUGUUGGAGGACAUCCAGCGCUUGUUUGACAACGACGUCAUCAACCAGGUGGUGUUUGACCUGGAAGACACAGGUCCUCAGUGUAUAAAUGACCAGCCGGACACGCUGAGGUUUUUCUCCAAGUUUGAGAGUGGUAAUCUGAGAAAAGCUGUGAAGGUCCGGAGAUAUGAAUAUGACCUCAUCUUGAAUGCAGACGCCAACUGUUCCAUUAACACCCAGUGGUUUUACUUUGAGGUCAGCAACAUGGCGGCCGACAUUCCCUAUCGCUUCAACGUCAUCAACUGCGAGAAGACCAACAGCCAGUUCAACUAUGGUAUGCAGCCUGUUCUCUACUCUGUGAGAGAAGCUCUCGAUGGCAGACCACACUGGGUGCGGACUGGCACGGAGAUCUGUUACUUCAGGAAUCACUUCUGUCCAGCACAGGGCAGCAGAGGGCCGACCUUUUACACUUUGACCUUUACUGUGACCUUUAAACACAAAGAAGACGUAUGCUACCUGGCCUACCACUAUCCUUACACAUAUUCUGCACUGCAGUCCCAUCUCCAGGUGCUGGGGCGAUCGGUGGACCCUGCCAAGGUGUUUUUCCGGCAGCAGACUUUGUGCUCCAGCUUGGCUGGAAACCCAUGUCCACUAGUCACCAUCACCGCCUGCCCUGCCAGCAGAGGGUGGAGGGACAUGCACCAACUACGUAACCGGCCGUGCUUGGUGCUGACAGCGCGUGUCCACCCCAGCGAGUCCAACGCCAGCUGGGUGAUGAGGGGCACCCUGGGGUUCCUGUGCAGCCGGGACCCGGUGGCCCAGAGCCUCAGGGAGGCCUUCGUCUUCAAGAUCAUCCCCGUGCUCAACCCCGACGGGGUCGUCAACGGCACGCACCGCUGUGCGCUCAACGGGGAGGACCUGAACCGCCAGUGGAGCAGGCCCAGCCCCGUGCUCAGCCCCACCAUCUACCACGCCAAGGGCCUGCUCUACUACCUCAACAGCAUCGGACGCACGCCACUCGUGUUCUGUGACUACCAUGGUCACUCUAGGAAGAAGAAUGUCUUCCUGUAUGGCUGCAGUGUCAAGGAGACACUAUGGCAGUCAGGCUCCGCCGUGGACACCGUUGGCCUGAAGGAAGACCCUGGAUAUAGGACAAUCCCUAAGACCUUGGAUCGGAUCGCUCCAGCCUUUUCCUUUAACAGCUGUAACUAUCUGGUGGAGAAGUCCCGCUCCGCUACAGCCCGGGUGGUGGUGUGGAGGGAGAUGGGCGUCCUCCGGAGCUACACCAUGGAGAGCACCUACAAUGGCUGUGACCAGGGCAUAUACAAGGGCUUGCAGACAGGCACCAGGGAGCUGGAGGAGAUGGGAGUGAAGUUCUGCCAUAGCCUGCUGUCCCUCAGGAGGGACGUGUCAGCCCUCUACAGCAAGACACUCAUCAACCACAUCCACCUGGACCCCAGCGACCUGGACCACAAGUCUCACCACUGUUUCGAAGACGAUGAGCCCCCGUGCCUUGAGGAGAUAGAAUACUCCAUGUACAGCUGUCCUAGGCCCAGCGGAGCCGAAUUAGAUUUGGACAUCGACAACAACAACAGCAGCAGCUCCAGCAACGAGGAGGAGGAGGGGGGGGAGGAGGAGGAGGAAGGGAGAGAGAGCGCGGAGACGAGCCAAAGACCAAGAGGCAAAAGUGGUGGGUCGUGCCUGAGGUCUCGUCUGUUCCCUCAGCUGAUCAGCAAAGGAUCGGUGGAGACACUCAACCCCAAGAGAAACCAGUGUAGCAGACAGUAUCUGAGUUAGGAGAGGGUGUUCUGUUUUUAGAUUUCAUUUCACAGGACUUUAGCAUUAGCCUUUCACAUAGUUUUUUUUUGUAUUCUGUGGUGACGAUAAUGGGCCUUGUUCUAGCCCCUGGCUAGCUAGAAGGCUUGUGUGACAAAGAAAGUGAAAUCGCCUAAAAGGCAUAACCGUUUUCCACAAGACGUUUCCAGCAGUCCACAGAGUCAUUAUUUUGGCUCAAAAUAUUAAAUGGGGUGAGAAUUGUGGAUAAUUCGUGGUUGAGAGCAAUAAGGACAGGGUUAAAAUCCCACCCACAAUAGUUAUGUCUAUGUUGCUGUUUUAUGUUGCAAACUUUACUUGGCUAUGAGCCAAUUUUGUUUUCAAGCUGUGGAAGCACACAUCAUUAAGUAAACAUGAAGCAUCAAGAUGCCCCUGUGCAAAACAUAACUUUAAAAAAAUGUAUCUUUCUUAACAUUUAUUGGAGCCUGCAUUUUAUAUUCUUGUAUUUUGCACUGAAGGAAGACAUCCACAUUGUAUACCAAUUUAUAUAUUAUCGAAUAUUUUGAGCAAGAUUAUUGAGAAUAAAAAAAGUAAAACAAAUGUUCUAUUCAA